AUCCAAGAUGGAGGUCGUUGAUGGAGAGGAAGUGAAUCCCUUCUCCUUCAAAUCUUUCGUUCAAUCAAAAGCAGUAGAACCGCCUACAUAUGCAUCUAGUGUUGAUAAGAAGGACAAACAAAGACCUAAUAAUAAAUCAAAAUCAAAAAAGAAGGAAAACUUUGAGAGCGAAGUGCCGUUUCCCGAAGUUGGCAAUCACGAUUUGAAUUCUGAUCUUGAAGAAUCUAACAKUGUUUUUGUUCCUUCGGAAGAAAAUUCAGCUAACGGUGGAGGAAACAAGGAAUCUGCUAAUAAUCCUUUUUCAUUUAAGAACUUUGUUUCAAAAGAAAAAGAUGUCGCUUCCAAGAAAAAGCGGGUUUUACAGAUUAUUGGCGAUGAAGUACAUGAAGUAAAAUCUGUGUCAUCUCAUGGAAGGCAAGACAAUGGCGACAGCUCCCAGUAUGUGUUUGGCUUCACUCCCCCUGGAUCAGAUUGUUCAGAUUCUGAAAAUGAGUUAGAAGAUAAGCAUAAUUCUGUUAAUAAUUGUCAGUCACCGGAUAGUGGAAGUGUACAUUAUGUGGUGGCUUCGGCAGGCAGCUCGCACUCACAAUUAAUGAUUAUUGAAGAACUUAAUCAGUUAAGGGAGGAUAAUAAGAGAUUACUGAAGGAAGUGGAAGACAUGACGUCUUCUCGGGACAGCGAAAGAAAAAAGGUUUUAGCUCUACAGAAAAAGUUAACGAUGAUAGAGAAGCGAGAAGCCGACGAAACAGCAGCGUUAGAAAAUAUGGUUCAUUUGGUCGAGCAAAAUUUAGAAUUAACGACAAAACGAGCAUUAAAGGCAGAAGCUCAGGUCAAUAAAUUAAAAGAGGAAUUAAAAACAUAUAAGACAGAAUCGGUUCCAAUGCAAACAUACCAACAGCUCGUAGACACCCAUCACUCUACACUGAAUGCCAUCAAAGCGAAAUCACGAUCUGCAUCAGACGAGAUGGUUAUAGCAGCCAGGCGAGCAGAGCAGGCCCUGAGGGACUUAUAUUCAGGAGUGGAUACUUUGAGAAUCGUCUCAUCUGAACUGAAUUACAUAGAUAGGAUAACAGAAAUCGAGCCACCAAAAGACAACAGUUAGCAGGGAAUUAUUCUUUACAAGACUGAAUAACAACGUCUUAUCUUGGAGUUCCUCCUCCAGAUACAUGUACAGAAGAAAAAAUCAAUAUACAAAAGAGAUCAUUUGGUAAUGGAUAACUGACAUGAUGCCAAUGAUAAAUAACCAGCACACGCGCUGAUAAAUGAGGUUUACUUGGGUCGUGUCUGUGUAUCGACUAGCUAGUAAUCGAUGAUAGAUAGUCUAGCAGUCUGGAUCAUACUCUGGUUAUAGAGAAUUUGCUGUUCUGACCUGUCGUCACAUCCAUAGUAUUGAUUUAUUUUAUAAAUUUUAUGAAGAUUGCUCAGGAAAGGAUAAAGAUGAUGAUUGAUGAUGA